UAAGGAGAAAUCGAUCAAAGCGUCGGACACAAGCUAACUGGUAAAACAGUCGGAGUGUCGGACUCGGAGACUCUUUCCCAAGCAUACUCUGUAGUGUACUAAGCCCAACACUAUAAAUUCCUCUGCCCAGAAAGCCGACAGUGUAAGACAGAAAGGUGGAGGUGAGGUGGGAUUAAGGAGAAAAUGGCGAAUCCUCAAAAGCCAUGGAAGGCAGAGUAUGCGAAGUCAGGACGAUCGUCUUGCAAGACUUGCAAGAGUGCCAUCGGCAAAGAGACUUUUCGCCUCGGCAAGAUGGUUCAAGCCACCCAGUUCGACGGUUUUAUGCCGAUGUGGCAUCAUGCGGGUUGUAUACUGAAGAAACCAAAGCAGAUAAAAUCAACUGAUGACGUUGAGGGCAUAGAGGUGCUUCGUUGGGAAGAUCAACAGAAAAUCAGAGAAUAUGUAGAGAGUGCUGCGCAACCAAAGUCAAAUACUAUUAAAGAUAUGGAGUAUGGUAUUGAAGUUUCACAAACUUCUCGUGCCACGUGCAAGCAUUGUGGGCAAAAAAUAACCAAAGGAGAGGUUCGUAUAUCUAGUAAGCCUGAUGGUCAAGGUGCUAAAGGAUUGGCUUGGCAUCAUGCAAACUGUCUCAUGGAAUUAUCCCCAUCAAUACAUGUCGAAAAGCUGCCAGGAUGGGAUGGUCUCUCACCUUCUGAUCAAUCAGCUGUUAAUGCCAUAGCUAAGAAACUUCAUUGCAAGCAGCGAGAUGGUGCAGACAUUGAGGCUCAAGAGGCUAAGGAUGCCAGAUGUGAAUCAACUUCUAAAGCUGGCAAAAAACGCAGGAAUGAUGCUGCUAGUAACCCCAAGUCAAAAGUUGCCAAAGCUGAGGGAGAUGCUUCUGGAGGCAUGGCUGCAUCAGUUAAAAAUGUUAAUGACUCAACGAAGGCAUCUGAUCUGGAAAGGAGACUAGAGGCCCAAACCAAAGAACUCUGGACUCUGAAAGAUGAUCUGAAAAAGCAUGUGACGACUGCUGAGUUGCGUCUAAUGCUGGAAAUCAAUGGUCAAGACUCAACAGGAUCAGAACUUGAUUUGCGUGACCGCUGUGCCGAUGGAAUGAUGUUUGGACCACUGGCUUGUUGCCCAAUAUGUUCUGGCUCUCUCCGUUAUUCUGGAGGAACGUACCGGUGCCAUGGUUAUGUUUCUGAAUGGAGCAAAUGCUCCUACUCUACUAACGAACCCAAACGACUUAGACAGAAGUGGAAAGUUCCAGAGGGAACAGACAAUCAGUACCUUAAACAGUGGUUCAGAUCUCAAAAGGCUGAGAAACCGGUUCGGAUGGUGCCUCCAAGUUCAUCAAAUUCUGAAAGUCAAAUCAUUGCUUGCCAGCAUCAAUCUGCAAGCAGUGAAAAUUUGGGAGAACUGAGAGUUGCUAUUACUGGAUAUCCUAAAGAAUCUGUUGUGAAGUGGAAAAGCAAAGUUGAGGAGGUUGGUGGCGUGCUUCAUGCUAAAGUAAAGAAAGAUACUAACUGCUUGGUGGUGAUUGGGGCACUGGACGAGCAAGAUGCUGAAAUACGGAAGGCAAAGAGGGUGAAAGUACCUAUAGUCAGAGAGGAUUAUCUGGUUGAUUGUGUGGAAAGAAAGAAGAAGCUUCCGGUUCCCUUAUACAAAGUUGAAGCUACUAAUGAAGCCUCUAGCAUGGUCACUAUCAAAGUGAAGGGUCAAAGUGCUGUUCAUGAGGCCUCUGGCCUGCAGGAUUCUGGUCACAUACUUGAGGAAGGAAAAAGCAUAUUUAAUACAACUCUGAAUAUGUCUGACUUAUCUACUGGUGUUAACAGUUACUACAUUCUCCAAAUAAUUCAAGAAGAUAAAGGAUCAGAUUGCUAUGUGUUCCGUAAAUGGGGUCGGGUUGGUAAUGACAAAAUUGGAGGAAGUAAGCUGGAGGAGAUGUCAAAAGAAGAUGCUAUUGCUGAAUUCAAACGAUUGUUCUUUGAGAAGACUGGAAACCCUUGGGAGGCUUGGGAACAAAAGAAUUUUCAGAAGCAACCAGGAAGAUUUUUCCCACUAGAUAUUGAUUAUGGGGUUAACAAACAGGUUACAAAGAAAAGUAAAAAAGAUGAAGACAGUAAACUGGCCCCUCCAUUACUGGAAUUGAUGAAGAUGCUUUUUAAUGUGGAAACAUACAGGGCUGCCAUGAUGGAAUUUGAGAUAAAUAUGUCUGAAAUGCCACUUGGGAAACUGAGCAAAAAUAAUAUUCAAAAAGGGUUUGAAGCCUUAACAGAUAUACAGAAUCUGUUAAGUAAUAACAAUCCCAAUGCUUCAGUCAGAGAAAGCCUGCUUAUUGAUGCUAGCAAUCGGUUUUUCACUGUGAUUCCUUCCAUUCAUCCACAUGUUAUAAGGGACGAGGAAGAUUUUAAGUCAAAGGUGAAAAUGUUAGAAUCACUUCAAGACAUUGAAAUAGCUUCAAGAUUAGUUGGAUUGGAUGCAGAUGGUGAUGACUCCAUUGAUGAUAAGUAUAAGAAGCUUCACUGUGACAUUUCUCCGCUUCCUCAUGAUAGUGAAGAUUAUCGUCUGAUUGAGAAGUUUCUCCAUACUACUCAUGCUCCUACACAUACGGAUUGGAGUCUUGAGCUAGAAGAAGUUUUUGCACUUGAAAGGGAAGGAGAAUUUGACAAGUAUGCCCCUUACAGAGAAAAGCUGGGUAACAGAAUGCUUCUAUGGCAUGGGUCUAGGUUGACAAAUUUUGUCGGCAUACUUAGCCAAGGACUGAGAAUUGCACCUCCUGAAGCCCCAGCAACUGGCUAUAUGUUUGGCAAAGGAAUAUACUUUGCUGACCUGGUCAGUAAAAGUGCUCAGUAUUGCUUCGCUGAUAAGAAAAAUCCUGUUGGUCUGAUGCUUUUGAGUGAAGUUGCCCUUGGAAAUGUCUACGAGCUUAAGAAUGCUAAGUAUAUGGAUAAACCUCCGGAAGGAAAGCACUCUACUAAAGGACUGGGCAAGAAAGUACCUGAUGAAUCGGAAUUUGUAAGGUGGAGAGAUGACGUCAUUGUUCCUUGUGGAAAACCAGUGUCAUCAAGAGUCAAGUCUUCUGAGCUCAUGUACAACGAGUUUAUUGCUUACAAUACUGCUCAAGUUAAGAUGCAGUUCUUGUUGAAGGUGAGGUUCCAUCAUAAGAGAUGAGGAUGGGGAAGUAAUCUGGAUGUCAAGUAUUUUGGGGGUAUGUUUUGUGCAUUCGCUUCUACCUGUGAUAUGCCAAGACUUUUGUGAAUAUAGGAUUCUCUCUAGGAUGAUGAAAGGUCUCAUUUUGGGAUGACUGGAGACCUUCAACUUCUGUUUUCUUUCUUUCUUUUUGGUUGCAAGGGCAGGGAUAAAGUUGAACGAAGCCAUUCAGAAAUUUGAAACCCUUGUAGCAGUUUGUCCUUAGCAUUGUAAGUGAUACGGUGGUGAUGAUGAGGUUUUUGUGGGGGCCCUGAAUACACAAGAUACUAUAUCUGGUUUGCAUGUGUGUCAUGUGCAGAGCGACGCUGUUAACUGAUGUUGAUAACAUCAUGACAUGAUUAGGUGUAUAUAUAAUCUUGCAUGUUAAUUCCUAUCA